UUCGAGUCGCACGACUACGACCCGAUCGACAACGACGUCGAGGAGGAGGCGCGACGGUCGCGGAAGCGCGGCGAGUACGCCGAGUACGAGACGUGGAAGUGGCUCAUGUCCGUGCUCAUCGGCCUCGUCAUGGGAUUGAUCGCGUUCACCGUGGACGGGCUCAUCGAGAAGUUCAACGACAUAAAGUUCGGAGCCGCGACGAGCGUGAUCGAGCGCGACAGGUCCGCGCGGUUCGGCGCGUGGUUCGUCUUCGUCGCGUUGGCGUGCCUUUUAGCCGCGGUCGCCGGCGCGUUCGUGUCGUACGUCGAACCGCUCGCCGCGGGCAGCGGGAUCCCGGAGGUGAAGACGUACCUCAACGGCGUGCAUCUGAAGGGCCUCCUGAAGCUGCGGACGAUCAUCGCGAAGCUUGGCGGGAUCGCGUUCAGCAUCGGAAGCGGUCUCAUCGCGGGGAAGGAGGGCCCGUUCGUGCACGGCGGCGGGCUCGUCGGCGGCGGGUUGUCCGCGUUCGGGUCGCACACGCUCGGAUUUAAGACGCACAAGCCCGCGUGCUUUCGUAACGACGCGGAUAAGCGCGACUUUGUUGCGAUCGGGACCUCCGCGGGCGUCGCCGUCGCGUUCGGCGCGCCCAUCGGCGGGAUGUUGUUCACGCUGGAGGAGGGCGCGUCGUUUUUGUCCAACAGCAUGAUGUGGCGCGCGUUCCUCGCGACGUGCACGGGCGUCCUCGUCACGCACUGGCUCAACCAGCUCGACUUCGACGCCGGGGACUUCGCGCGCGCCAAGUUCGGGACGCACCGCGAUUUCGGGCUGUACACCGACGACGAGGCGAACUACUCGAGGAUAUUCUGGUGGUACUUUUGGGAGGUGCCCAUAUUCGCCGCCGUCGGCUGCCUCGGCGGCCUCGCCGGCGCCUUCUUCGUCAACGUAAACGUCAAGAUCACGAUGUGGCGCCAGUCCUGGAUCCCCGUGAAGAACCGCGCGCGGCGGCACCUCGAGGUGGUGUUCAUCUGCUUCGUCACCGCGACUUUGUGCUUCGUACUCACCGCCGCGUCGCCGUGUCGACGCGACGCGAUUCGCACGCAGUUUUUCCGACAGCUGUACUGCGACGACGGCGAGUACUCCGCGUACGGGCAGCUGUUCUUCUCGCCGUUGUCGCAGUCGUUCAAGUAUCUGCUGCACCUCGGCGAGGUGGGCGAGUUCGGCGGCGACGCGCAGAACCCUGGUCAGCACGCGUUCGACAUGGACGCGCUGAUUCUCUAUUGGCUCAUAAUGUUCACGCUGAUGACGUGGACCUACGGCAUCGGCGCGCCCACCGGGCUGUUCGUCCCGUCGCUCACCGUCGGCGCCGCCAUGGGGCAGAUUGUCGGACGGACCGUCCACGCGGCGGUGGCGUCGACGGGGAGCACGCUGACGAUCGAUCUACACACGUACGCGGUCAUCGGCGCCGCCGCGAGCCUCGGCGGCGCGACGCGGAUGACGGUGUCGAUCACGCUUCUCGUCAUGGAGACCACCGGCGCGAUGCAGCUCAUCAUCCCGCUCAUGAUCACCAUCUUCUUCGCGAAGACGGUGGGCGAUAAGUACUCGUACGGCAUCUACGACACGCACAUCAAGAUCCGCGGCGCGCCGUUCUUGAACGAGCCGGAGCUCACCGGUCCGGGGCUGGACAAGCUGCGCGUGAACGAGGUGAUGGCCGCGAACAUGGUAUCGCUGAAGCCGAUCGCGAAGGUGCGCGACGUCGUGGACGCGUUGACGCGGACGUCGCACGGCGCGUUUCCGAUCAGCGAGGACGACCCUCCGGGGACGCCGGGCAACCCGGGGGAAACGAUCGAGCUCCACGGAUCCAUCACGCGCGGGUUGCUGCUCAAGAUGUUGACGCACCGCGUGUCGUUCUUUAACCCCGCGAUCGAGGGCGGUAGAGACAGGAGAGACGCGCUGUACGAGACGGCGACGGAGCGCGACGAGCUGUUGGAGAAGUUGAAGCAGAUUCCGUUCAAGUCGCCGGGCAUCGAGGCCAUCGCGCCGUCGCUGAGCCGCGGCGACAUGGAGCUGUCGAUGGAUCUCACGCGGUUCAUGCAGCGGCAUCCGUUCAUCGUGCACGCGGACGCGAGGCUAUCGCGCGCGUACCGCCUGUUCCGAACGAUGGGGCUGCGGCACCUGUACGUCACGCCGUCCAAGCCGCAGAUCGUCGGCGUCGUCACUCGGAAGGAUCUG